AGUAGCUGCCUAAGCACUAACUGGGUUUCUUUCCUCCUCCUUUAGACAAACUCAGUGAGAUGCUGCUGAGCCUCCUUGCUCUGCUGUCGGCUGCCCUGGUCACCAGUGCAGCUCCUCCAACUUGCUACUCACGAGUGUUGGCACUGAGCAAAGAAAUCACUGAGUCCUUUAAGGAGUUGCAGACCUCCAAAGCUGUGGUGAGGACUUCCUGUGUGCUGAUGCUGCCCAGGCUCUACUUGGACAUCCAUAAUUACUGUGUGCUGGCAAGGCUCCGGGAGUUUGUGGCUUAUCCCAGAUGUGAAAGAGUCCUUGAAGUGAGUGAACUGAAGGAAAAAGCCAGGAGCCUCUACACCAUCAUGAUCUCCUACUGCAGAAGGGAUCUGGUGUUCCUCACAGAUGACUGCAAUGCUCUGGAAAGUCCUAUUCUGCCUCCCACGGAGCCCUCCAUCCUUGAGAGCUAAAAGGGAGUCAGCCCUAAAGCUUGGGGAAAUAUUCAAGGAGACAAAGAGACACCAAACAGAGAUUCAGGCAACUACAACAUUAACAACCAAGAUCUUUUUCAAGCAAACUAGCAAUAUUAUCUCAGACCUACCCAUUUCUCUUCUCCUUGGCAGGAAAUGAACUGCAUGCCUUGCAUACCUAUGGAGCUGCUUGGGAAACUAUGGUUAGGGAGCAUUUUUUUACUUUUUUUUUUUUCAUUUGGCAAGGUAUGAUAUUUCAGUGUAGCCAAAUUUAUAAAGUAUGUUUUGUUCUAAACAUUAGAGUUUUGUUUUACUCUUUCAUGAAUAUACACUCUGAUCAAUAUUCCAUGCUGAUUUAACAGGUUUUCUUUUAUUGGAUAGGACUGGAAGGGACCAUGUUUGUUUUUCUUAGUGUUUGCUAAGAGAAGUGUAACAGAUGUCUCUCUAAGUAGCUCAUACGUGUGUGCUGAGAGCUUUGGAUGUCAGAACAGAGGUGCAAGUAAUCUGUCUCUGUGGAAAACUAAAUAAAACCAGCCUCCUAAUCCAA